AUGGAUACAAAUCUGUGUAAUAACUUCAUUUAUGUAACGACGAAUUUAGAAUAUGAUUCGAAUAAUAAAAAUUAUAAAUUUAAUGAUGAUACGCAUUUCAAAACCUAUUGUACUAAUAGUAGUUGUGAUAGUGAUCUCGAAAAAGUUAAUGCUGGAUGUUUAUAUUUUUUUAAAGAAUUCUUUGGGAGUUCUGAGUUGUUUAAGUCUGUUGCAAAAAGUAACAUUGAUACUGUUGAAUACAUUAUGAUAUGGUUAAGUUAUAUGCUGAGCCUAAAGAAUAAUGACCCACAACUCACCAAUCUAGAACAUUUUUAUAAAACAUAUAUAGAGGGUACUGGUAAUUAUAAAGAGACUAUAGCGAAUGUUACGGAAUAUAAAAAUUAUAAGGAUCUUAUAGAUACAAAAAAAUAUUAUUUGAAAAUGGAUAAUAAUAUUAUAUUUAAAUUUUAUGAUGCAUUUAAAUUAUUAUGUGAAAUGUAUUCUGCAUUUGAUGGAAGCACGUCAAAUUGCACAAACUGUUCGGGGAAAGCUAAUCAAUUUGUUGAAGAAUAUAAAAAUCUUAAAGAAAAUUCUAGUGUUACUAAAAAUAGUUCAUAUAGUAAAGUGUUAUCUAUUUUAUCAACUGAUUAUAAUAGCUUAAAAAAUAAAUGUAACGAUACCUUAUCCUUUCCAUCGAUAGAAACAACACAAAAUACUACAAAAAUUACUGAACAAACUGUACAAAAUUCUGCACAAACAUCUGAAGUUACAUCAAGUUCGUCAAUAGGAGACAAAUUAAUUCCAGUUUUAUCGAUAUUUGGUGCAAUAGCAUUUUUUUUAGGAAUUGGAUAUAAGUAUUCAUUAUUUAAGUCUCGAAAACGAUCUCGAAAACAUCAUUUAAGAGAAAAGCUAAAAAAUAAAGAAGAAACUGGAUAA